AACACGUGCGAGCAGGCAGUAUACUGCGGUCUUCCACCGUCGUACGUUCUUGUACGUCGCAUAGUGAGAGCAUGCAUGGCAGCUACGAACUUACACUGACUAGUUUACGCGCUAGCAAGCGUUUCGACUAUAGGGAAUCAUCUAUCGCCGUUGACUGUUAUAAUUGUGCGAACUGAACCGUAGGCUUCAGCCAGUUUAUCUUAGCCGGUGCAACUGAAACGUGACUCGAGAAGGGAAGAACGCGGGAGCGAGACCUAGCUCUUCCAAGACGGAGAAUCGCUGCCGUGCAUGUUGUGGUUGAACGGAAAUAACCCAGAGCCAGAUUCGAGCAACCGAAUGUCCAUGAUCUGCUUGCAGGAUAUUGUCAAUUAUCGUGAGAACAACAUGCCUGAUUCACCAGAUACCAAGUCACAGACAUCUCCUGCGCCACUUGUCACAGAAAGCAUGCCCAGACCUGCUUCUAUAGCCAAUACAACACUGAAUGGAAGCCUCUCCCCGCACGGCAGUGUUAAUGGGCGAUCCCCAUCACCACACGACUCAUCACCGCAGCAACAAUUGCCACCUGCCUGCGGUGCCCGCCAACUCAGCAAGCUGAAGCGAUUUCUCACCACACUGCAGCAGUUUGGCUCUGACAUCUCACCAGAGAUCGGAGAGAGGGUGCGGACACUCGUGCUAGGCCUAGUGAAUUCAACGAUAUCAAUUGAGGAUUUUCAUGCAAAAUUGCAGGAGGCAACGAAUUUUCCACUUCGGCCGUUUGUUAUCCCGUUCCUAAAGGCAAACCUGCCGUUGUUACAGAGAGAGCUGCUGCACUGUGCGAGAAUGGCUAAGCAGACUCCAGCACAGUAUCUCAGCCGGAAUGAACACAUCAUUCUCGCUGCGCGCUCCACACCUCCCAUGCACGAGCAAGCCGAUUUAAUUGGUGGCGAACUGAACGAUAAUGGCAAGCGUAGAACGCCAGAUAGUAGGCCAAAGGAAAAUGGCGUGGGGGACCAUUACAGUGACCCAUUGCACCCAUCUAAGAGGCUCCACCCAAUCAGUCCUGGUCUUCCCAGAGUAAGCCCUGGGAGCAUGCCUCAUGUAUCUGGGCCUCUGCGACUGGAAGACAUGAGUCUGUCACGAGAGUUAAGGGAGCGGGAGAGCCGGCUUUACACGGACAGGGAUUUAGCCCACAGUGAGGAUGACUGGAGGCAGGUCGACUCGACUUUAAACUGCAUCAUGAGCAUGGUGGAGAGAACAAAACGCACAUUGUCUGUGCUGCAGCAUCGUGCCGUUCAGGAUCGAGAAGAAUUGGCACUGUGGGCCCGGAGACAUGCAGAAGGUGCUGAACUCGACGUAAAGAAAAGAGCAGAUGAAGCAGUAAGUGAGGUGAAACGUCAAGCUGUGUCAGAGCUGCAGAAGGCGGUAGCGGCUGCAGAGCAGAAAGCCAAUGAGCUGAUACAGAAGGAGCGAGCAAAGAUGGAGCAUGCGAUAGAGCAGGCCCGCCGUGAAGCCACCGAGGAGGCCAUGACUCUUGUCAACAGUCAGGAAGAUACAAGUGAGAACUGUUGGAACUGCGGUCGAAAGGCCAGCGAGACGUGCAGCGGUUGUAACACGGCUCGAUACUGCGGCUCCUUCUGCCAGCACAAGGACUGGGAAAAUCACCACAAGGUAUGUGGGCAGCACGCCGAGCCAGCGUCCAGCACAACAACUCGCCCGAGUCCGGUCAACUCCAUCACAUCAUCUAAGUCCGCAGUGUCACGCUCUGCCACGCCAACAGAGCAGAGAAACUCGACAAGCUCGGAGAGCUCACGCUAAGCGAUCAGUAUCUAUGGCACUGAACCAUAUAUAGAGAAGCUGGAUGCUGUGAUUCAACUAAUAAAUCUGCCUGCUGAAACCUUGCUACAAACAUUGGAAUAAGGCCUCGACACGAACCCAGGGCGAAUGUAGAUAAAAAAUGUCGUAUCCAUUACUAGUCGUUAAAGGAAUCUUCUGAUGAGUGCUAGUACUUCCACUUGGGUGUAGCAUAUGUGUAGCUAGACACAUAUAGAGAUAAAACAGUUGGCCAUUGCAAAGAGUUUCUUGUCACAGAAUCGUAGUGAUAGAUGCUGGAAAAUGCUGGUUGUGGACAAAAAUCAAGCUUGCAGCUUGAGCACUUUACUGAACAGCCUUAGAAACAGGUUAAAACCAGGUGUGGUCAUAUUACAUACUGAGCUUAGCAGGUGACACGAGUGAUAUAGAUCGAGUCUUAUACAUAGUUCUGUCGGUAAAUUGCUAGAUGCCAUGUGUGGGUAGGACAAUCCCAGAGUGUAUAUACUAAAUUGGCUUUGUUCAGGAAACACUAUUCUGUUAAAUAUGUUUAGACACAUCAUUUAUAUAUUCUGUAAUUGUGUGUAAAGCGCAUAGGUGUAGUCGAGUGGUCGUGUGAAGGCGUAGCAAGAUGUUUUGUCGCUGAACUCACUUUGUAGGGUUAUUUAUGCCAGUUGAUCAAAUAGUAGAUAUGAUCAAGCGUAAUGACCUAAUGAAUAUGUGGAGUUUCCUGCAUGUUUAAACCUAAACAGCUUGCCACAUGGCUAAUUCUAGUCAUUGUUUUAUCAACAACAUGUGGUCAAGUAUGCUUAAAGCAAAACAGCGUAAGAGUUGCAAUAUUACGAUUCUAAGUUGAGUUUUAAAUUGAACCAACUCUCAAUAGUCCUGGCAUGGACCAUAUCUCAUGAGUCCUCAGGUAAACCUUAUGAUUAUUUCAGCUGGACCAACUCUACCCUCGUUACACUAAUUGUUCAAGUACAGUUUGUUUGGGGUUUUGUUGAACCAGAAUGCAAAGUAUUUCAGGUCACUGGGCCAACCCCCCUGUGUGAGUUCCUUCUACAUAUGUUUAUACAUUACUUAAAAGUUUGUUAACUAUCUGUUCUGACAAUGCUAAAAUCAGUUUGGCACCAUCUAAGCAUAUAUGUUCGUUCAUGAAUGUUGUUGUGUUAAACAUGUUUAUGUAUGGCCUGCAUCACAUCUGUACAGAACAUUGUAUAGGUGUCAGGUACUUGAUACAGAGCCCUAGGUGGAUAAAUGGAACUUGCCUGAGUUAAGGAAGCCAUUUGUGGCUUUCUGUUUAAGGGUACUCACAAGAAGCAAUGCACUUGUUGUGUUAGUUUGGUCUGUGCAAUAUGUUUAAUUUUGUGUUCAACGGAACACAUCAGGUAAAAAGUCAGGUAGGCCUCAAAAGUAUUCCCUGCAGGCUGUCCGUUGUGCACAGUUGCUAUAGCUAUGUAGAUAGUAAUAGCUGUUGGUAGGCUCACUUCAAAACAUGUAUCAGCCAUUUUUGCCGAAGGGGUUUGUAAAUAAGUGUAUUUGUGUAAAUAAAGGUUUAAACCCUGGGUCAAAAAGAUUUUUAUGCUUGAUAGAGAAUGUAUGCUGUUGCACGGAAAUAUCAGGUGGUUGUCGUAUGCUUGCUUAUACUCAUAGGUUUGUGCACUUAGAUUUCAAUGUAAGUGCAUUCACAUGUCAAAUACACAGUACAGAUGUAAAUGUAAAGGGCAGGUUUGUUUCAGUUACUGAAUCUGUAACCUUCGUUACUAGUGUGAGCUAGCUGGUCCCGUUUGUAAAGUAGACUAGGUGAAAUCAACUAUUAUUAAUGUUGGUUGGAGAACUUUAACAAUAAAUCCACUAUAGUGGGUGACCGGCAUCGGGUUCAAUUGCAUUUCUUUCCGAACUAAUAAUGCGAUGGUGAUUAUGAUUAGGGAGAAACAAACAUCCUAUUUACCCUGUUAACAAGUUCAGACCUGCCUUCACCCAUUAACACGCGUGAACGGAAAAAAAUCUGUUCCAGCACAGCACCGUUGACUGUUGACCACGAAUUAAAUUAUCCAUGCUUCUAGCCAGCAGGUAAUUUGGUGAAAAUUGAAAAUUGAAUUAUGAGAUCAAAACAGCUAUUCUGAGUAGAAACAGAUUAGGGGUUCAGUCGAUAUCUAACAAUUGUUUUUCAAGCAUGAUUGCUAAUAUUGGCUCUUUGAUACUUGCAGUUGUAUGCUCGUUGAUCUAUAUUUAACUGGUUAAAUUGUUUUUCGUUGAAUAAGAAAAGUUGCUUAGCUGCUACUGCUGCAUGGUUCCAAUGUAACAGCCCCUCGCAAUGACUCAACUUUCCAGCUUAUUAUGGACAUUUUUUCGAUGGCUCUCCAGGUUGGUGUUAGCUAUGUGAAGUAAGUAUGGUGGUUGGGGAAUAGUUAAUGCUACUGAUUAAAUGCUACUACGAAGAAAUCGUCAAUAGUCUAUUAAAACAGUUCCCCCUCCACUUUGUAACAAGCAGUGUAAAAUACAAUUGAAGAAUACUCCCGAUUUAAUGUAGUGGUGACUUGUUUUCAUGCAAGUCGCAAGUGUAUUCGUUGUCAGUGUUUAUUUGUCAAUAAGUUAUUGUGAUUUAUCAGCUGUAUUUAGAAUUCAUGACAGUUAUAUGUAGGUCUAAUUAUAUGGAUCUGUAUCAUACCGUAUCAACAUUGUUUCAAAAGUUUUAUUUUACAAUAAAAUUUAUGUCAUACAUAACUGUCA